CGCUGGCGAGCGCCGCGAGCGGGUCCAAGCCAAGUCGCGUCGCAGCCUCGAGGAUUAUUCCGGCCCGCCGCCCGUCAGUUACUUGGCGAAGUGUCAAAGCGGUCGGUCGUGCUCUCGUGCUUGUUCGCGUCGCUGGGGCGCCGUGCACCCGCUGACCCGGAUGGUGGGCACGUGCCGUGCAAGCGCGCAGAGGAAGUGUAUCCGCGGACCGCGCUGAGGAGCGAACCCCGACCACAGCUGGACUCCCCCCCCGCGCGCGCGUGUAACGGUCCCGUGUCCCCGCGAUGGGCAGCGGCGGCGGUAUGGCGUGGUGCGGCCUCCUGCUGGUGGCGUGGUGUUGUGCCGCGGAAGACGUCGCCGUCGCGUCCUGCAGGGGCGUCAAGCCCGUCUUCCAGGCCAAGAACGUCUCGCUGGACAUUCCGGACGAGCCUGUCAGCGGCGCCAACCUGACGGUCUGCGAGGCUCCGGCCAGCUGCUGCACGCCCGCCAUGGAGGCCGGCCUCAGGCUGCUGGUGAAGAAGGACUUCCAGGCGCUGCUGCACCACAACUCCAGGUCCCUGGAGGGCCUGCUCGCCUCCACGGCCGCCAACCUGCAAGAGCGCAUGCUGGAGGCGACGCGGCGGUCGCGCAACAGGACGCUCGCGCUCUUCGACGACGUCUACCCGCGGCUGGCGGCCACCGCGCGCCGGGCCGCCACGCCGCUCUACGCCGACGUGCUCGCCUACCUGGACGCGUCGUCGUCGUCGUCGUCGUCGUCGCUGCCGUCGUCGGCCGACCUGGACCUGGAGCGCUCGGCCGCGGACUUCUUCGCGAGCCUCUUCCCGGAGGUGUACCGGCGCGCGCUGGCGCCCGGGCGCGGGGCCUUCGCCGCCGACUACGAGGCCUGCCUGCGGGCCGCCUACCCCGCUCUGCUACCCUUCGGCGACGUCCCCCGCGCGGCGGCGCGCGGCCUCAGGCGGUCCGCCGAGGCGGCGAGGACCCUGCUGCAGGCGCUCGCCCUGGGCGCGGAGGUGCUGGCGAGCACGGACUCGCUGCUGAUGUCGGAGCCGGGGGCGGAGCUGUGCCACGCGGCGCUGCUGCGCAUGUCCUACUGCUCGCGCUGCCGCGGGCUGACGAGGCGCGCCAAGCCGUGCGCCGGCUACUGCCUGAACGUGAUGCGCGGCUGCCUGACCCAGCACGCCGCCGAGCUCGACCUCCCCUGGAGCGGCUUCGUGGAGGCCACGGAGCGCCUGGUGGUGGCCGUCAGGGCGCCCGGCCUGGACGUGCAGCAGGUGGUGGCGGCGCUGCCCGGCACCAUCUCCGACGGCAUCAUGCUCGCCAUGGAGGAGGGCCCCGCGCUCCAGAGGAAGGUGAAGCAGAGGUGCGGGCCCGCGCGCUGGGGCUCCGAGGAGUCCGAGGAGGCAGAGGAGGUCGCCGCCCCCGGCUCUGCCCCCGGCGCCGCCCCCGACUCCGGCGCGCGCGACGCGGGGGCCAGCCUCGCCGGCAGACUGCACAUCUUCGUGGCCAGUCUCGCCAAGAGCCGCGGCUUCUACGCCAACCUGGCCGAGUCGCUGUGCUCGGACGAGAGCUUCGCGGAGACGCGCGACACUGCCGACUGCUGGAACGGCCAGAGGAUCGGCGAGUACACCAAGACGGUGGUCGCGGCCAGCCUCAGCGCGCAGAAGUACAACCCGGAGCUGGCGUGGACGCAGCGCAGCCCUGACGCGCGCAUCGCGCAGCUCAGCGACAAGCUGAGGCACAUCAGGCAGGUGGUGCUCACGCAGCUGACGCAGUCCCCGGAGUCGGACUCGCUGCUGGCGGAGGAGGGCAGCGGCAGUGGCUCCUUCCCCGCCGGCCACUUCGACGACGAGGACCAGAACCUGGACUGGUCGGAGCAGGGCUCGGGCUCGGGCGACGACACCACGGACAUCCCGGUGCGCAACGUGGCGCCGGUCGACCAGAACCCCAAGCUCCAGAGCAGCGACCACGCCGGGACGACGCAGGCGGGCGACGGCUGUCGGACCGCGCCCCGCCUCUGGGUCGUCCUGGCGCUGGCGAUACCCGCGGCCGGCGCGGUGGCGCGCCUGGGGUAGGCCGCCCUCCCGGGACCCCAGCGUCGCCCCGCUCGCGCGGGACUCGAGACAUGGCCUUGCGUAGUCCGCGACUGCGGAGUCUGAGAGCAUCCGACGGUUCGCCGUUCGCCGCGGAAGAUUCCCCCCCCCCCCC